CCGCCGCUCCCGCCGCCGCCGCCACUCUGCGCCGCGCGAGCCGCUCCCGCCGCUGCCCACGCGCUCCCGAGCGGAGGAACGAGUCCGGCCGCGGCGCACGGGCGUCGUGGAGGCGGAGCGCGGUCGCUCCGCCGACUCAGGAAAGUUCUGAGCAAAGCCCGGCACCUCGCGGGCCCGGGAGCCACUGUUUCACCUCCCUGUUUUACACUCCGCCAACGGCCCCCCAGCCUACAGGUCCGGGUCGCUCCGCCGGUCAAAGUGCGUGCGGACUAGUUGGCAAAGUUGAGGGCGGCGACGUCUCGGGGGAACAGCUGUUUGCGUUCGGGGCGGAGGCGGCGCGCGAGCUCCUAGGCCACGAGCCAGCGAGUCUAGAAGAAGGGUGGAGGUUCUGGAUCGCAGGGAAAGCGAGGGGGAGAAGGCGGGAGGACGCGGGGGCUGCAGGCGUCGGGGUGCAGCUUUCCGGCUUAGGUCCCGUCGCGCUUUUGCCCCUUCUCGGUGACCUCACCCUUUAUAGCGACCCCACCUCUCAGGAGCCGGGAGCACCGCCCCCGGAGGGGGAGGGGCGGAGGAGGAGCGUGCGAACGCGGAUUGAGUCGUCGGGGCACCCGUAGUUGGGAACCGUGAAACCCGGGGCCCCGGGGAAGGAGGGAGGUGUCCGGGCUCCGAGGCUCGGGUGGGCCUCGCAUCUGGCCGGGCUCCCCCUCGCCCCGCGUGGAGAACGCGAGCUUGAGCCGGACCCGGAGGCGACGCGCGGAGCGGCUGGUGCAGUCAUGGCAGACUACUGGAAGUCACAACCAAAGAAAUUCUGUGAUUACUGCAAGUGUUGGAUAGCAGACAACAGGCCUAGUAUUGACUUUCAUGAAAGAGGAAAGAAUCAUAAGGAAAAUGUGGCAAAGAGGAUCAGUGAGAUUAAACAGAAAAGCCUGGAUAAGGCGAAGGAAGAAGAAAAGGCAUCAAAGGAGUUUGCUGCAAUGGAGGCAGCUGCCCUGAAAGCAUACCAAGAGGAUUUGAAAAGGCUUGGCUUAGAGUCAGAAAUUACAGAGCCAAGCAUAUCACCAGUAACCAACACUGUCCCACCCACCUCUGUAUCAAAUCAGCAGAAAGAAAAGAAGAAAAAGAAAAAAGACCCUUCAAAGGGCAGAUGGGUAGAAGGCAUAACCUCUGAGGGUUACCACUACUAUUAUGAUCUUAUCACAGGAGCAUCUCAGUGGGAGAAACCUGAAGGAUUUCAAGGAAACUUAAAAAAGACGGCAGUGAAGGCUGUUUGGAUAGAAGGUUUAAGUGAAGAUGGUUAUACCUAUUAUUAUAAUACAGAAACAGGAGAAUCCAGAUGGGAAAAACCUGAUGAUUUCAUUCCACACUCUGGCGAUCUGCUUUCUAGUAAAGUCAAUGAAAAGUCACUUUGCACCAAAGAAGAGUCCAAAUCAUCAGAUUCACAUAGUGAUUCAGAUGGGGAACAGGAAGUAGAAAAAGGAGAGGUCUCUACAGAAACACAAAAGAUAAAAAUAAAGUUUAAGGAAAAAAAUAAAAAUAGUGGGAAAGAAACUGAACCAGAAAAACAGAAAGACAAAAAUAUCCAAGAGCAGAAUUCAUUGGGUCCAAAGGAAGAAAAACCCAAAGCUCAUAAAAAAUCAAACCCCUAUGGAGAAUGGCAAGAAAUUAAACAAGAAGUUGAGUCUCAUGAGGAGGUAGAUUUGGAACUUCCAAGCACUGAAAAUGAAUAUGUGUCAACUUCAGAAGCUAAUAUUGGUGGGGAACCCAAAGUGGUUUUUAAAGAAAAAACAGUCACUUCACUAGGAGUCAUGGCAGAUGAAGUGGCCCCGGUCUUCAAAAAGAGAAGAACUGAAAAUGGGAAAUCUAGAAAUUUAAGACAACGAGGUGAUGAUCAAUAAUUGUAAAAGAGCUUUAAGGACAGAAUGGAGACUACACAUCUUAAAAGCUUCUCUGUUAUUUCUGAAUAUUUUAAUGCUAAACAUUUAGAUUUAUUCUAAAUGUAUUUUAUGUGAAUUUAAAAUCUUUUAUCAUGUGAAAUUUAUUUUUGUUCCUAAAAUGAAAGCCUACCAUAGUGCAUUGUAAUACAGUGUAUUAUGUUCCGUGUCUAAAAAAAUGCCAAUUAUGUAUAAGAUGCUAUGUAUCUGUUAUUUAAAACAUGAAAAAGCAAGGUCUUUA